GACUAUCAUUUAUUCUUUCUUCCUUCUUCUUUCCUCUGCACAAGAAAGACGAAGACUCAUCAGGACUGUAACAGUAAACUCUCGCCAACCAUGUGCUCCGAUGACUGCCGUCCUCUCGGUUUCCUCUUAGGCCUCCCUUUCGCCUUCUUGUCUCUCCUUCUCUCCAUCGUCGGUGUCAUCAUCUGGAUCGUCGGAUUGUUGUUGUCGUGCAUAUGUCCAUGUUGCUUAUGCGUGACGAUACUAGUGGAGAUGGCGUUGGGGUUGAUCAAAGCCCCAAUUCAUGUUAUGGAGUGGUUCACUUCCACCAUUCCUUGUUGAUCUUUUUCUUCUUCUUUUGAUGUACAUGAAUAAUCUACUUUUCUAGUCAUAGACCCUUAUCUUUUUUUUUUUUUGGUGAACAUAGACCCUUAUCUUGUUAUUGCGUUUGCUUUAUUGUGUUAUUUUUUUUUUUUGGUUUGAGAAUAAGUAACAAACAUUGUAUUUAGCUAUAUUCAUGAUAGUUCUUGUUUUAUCUUCUUCGUUUUGGUCCUCCUUUGCAAUAUCGUCAUUGAAGAGCGUUUAAAACCUUUAUUAACCAUGCCGAUCAAAUACAAGCUGUGUAAGUAGCCUCCCGAUUAUGGGCCAUACCGACCAAAACAGAGCCUAACCAAUGGGAAGAAAAGAAAUAAACCAAAACAGACAGGGAUGUUGAUAAAGGAAG